AGGCUCAUGAAUUAUACUGCAGAUGCAACCAUAUUUUUUAUUAGAAUUCCAAAGUUCCUGGGCUUGGUCACUAGAGGGUACCGUUGCCCCAACCGCAAAGCAGGAGAUGGCUUCAGUGCUUAGAUAUCCAUUACUGCACAAUAACUAGUGAUUGUCCAAAUGGAUUUGCACAAGCUUGAUCAUUCCACGGUGUGAGAAUUAAAGAAGCAGAUGUUUGACCUACUUCGCCAAUCUGUGGUAGACAAGUUCAGACUUAGUUUAUAUGUAUCUGUAACACAGUGUUGCAGAAUGUUAUCAAAAGCUGCUAAUUCUUCAUUCACUAAAGCUGCUUUCUAGCUUCAAGAGUAUGCUUUGUUCUACUUUUUAUAAAUAUGCUAAGGAGCCUCAUCACACAUUAAGCACUUGAUAACUUUGGAGCAUAAAGUGUGUUCUACAGCACCUGCUCUUUUGAGACCUUGUUAAAGUAUGAGCUGGCAUAUUCCCCCUCUCUCUCUAUUUUUUUUUUUUUUUUAAAGCUAAUAUAUUUUCCCCAUUCUUAAAUUCUUCAAAUGUUUUUUCCUACCUUGCAAGUAAAACCCCUAGUGCCAAGACCUGAGCAGUUCUGCUCCAACAUACUCAUCAGGUUGCCUAUCUUAGAGAGGGAAGGAAAAAUAGAAGAGUAAAUAGAUUUCAGUUUCAAGCUUCUGAAGUUCACUUAUAAACUGUGAAGGAAAAUACAAAAGCAAGAAUAAGAGGUUCAGUUCUUUGUUUAUGAGCAAACCCCAGACUUCCAAGCUAACAGAGGAGAAUGUGAAGCCAUGGACUACUACUAUACAAAAGGAAUAGCCUGAAAAGAGGAAAAGUAACCGUCAGCUUCAAGCACAUGAACUGAUCUGAAAGUUACAACCAUGUGGUGUCUGCUGGGAGGCACAUGAGGCCUGUUGGAUAUAGGCAUGCCCAGUUCCCAGUGAGUAGUUUUUCAUGUUUCAUUAAUCACCAUAACCACUAGUGAAAAUCGCGCACCCCCUCUCUCUAUUCUGGUAGUGCCAAUAGAGGCCAAAGGUUGAAUGGACCAUGGAGUGGGAAGGACUCACAUGCCUGGAAAGUAGAUCCCUACAGGGCAGGAGUGGGGCACGUUUGCAGGACAGUGUGGGGAAUCUGCACUGCAGCUUCUUUUGCUGUAUUGUAUCUGUCCUGCGUUUAAACACCGGGCUGUAGCCUUUCGCUAGGGCUAAGUUCAUAGAAAAGUCAAAAGAUUGUAUGGUCAAAACAGAGUAUUAAAACACAGCUAUGGACGAAGAGCUCUUCUGACUGGGAGACAACAGUCUGAGUCAGAGGGAAACGGGCACACUCUGACCCUCACUCCCCCAAGUCGUAGGAUGGUGAAAGAGAGCGGGGGAACAGGGGGUUGCAAGGAAAGAGAUGGACAGGUGAAUGCAGAAGGUUGCGUAAAUCCUGGUUCUUCCAGGCGGUGGCGCUGCUGUUUCAGCACUCCCAAGUUCCUCCUCCCCUUGGCUCUGGCUGCUAGGAAAUGACCUAAGAGGAAACCCGCAGGUUUGCAAUGGAAAGAAUCCGUCUGGUGGUAAUCACUGACCCCAAAGAAGCUGAAAAGGUUUGCCACUAACAGCCACUUCCCUAACUGCGCUGUCGGAGCAGGCCAGACAUGGGAGACACGGGCAAAGAAGAGUAUAAGAUACAGUCGUUCGACACCGAGACGCAGCAGUUACUGAAAACUGCUCUCAAAGACCCCAGCAGUGUAGACCUGGAGAAAGUGGCUAAUAUAAUCGUGGAUCAGUCCCUCAAAGACUCUGUGUUCAGUAAGGAGGCUGGGCGCAUUUGCUACACCAUCAUCCAGGCAGAGAGCAAGCAGGUGGGCCAGAGCAUUUUCCGACGGAGUCUGCUUAACCGACUGCAACAGGAGUAUAAGGACCGGGAAGAGCUGCGAGCCCGUUCACCCCAGGCAUGGAUCUGUUACGUCACCUUCAUCUGUAACAUCUUUGACUACCUGAGGGUGAACAACAUGCCCAUGAUGGCACUGGUGAACCCAGUUUAUGAAUGCCUGUUCCGACUGGCACAACCUGAUAGCCUGAAGAAGGAGGAGGAGGUGGACUGUCUGGUGCUGCAGUUGCACCGCAUUGGUGAACAGCUGGAGAAGAUGAACUCCCAGCCAAUGGAUGAGCUCUUCUCCCUUCUCCGAGAUGGUUUUCUCCUGGAGGAGGGGCUCAGCUCGCUCUCUCAGCUCCUGUUGCUGGAGAUCAUAGAGUUCCGGGCUGCAGACUGGAAGAUGACAGAUGCGGCUCAAAAAUACUAUUACAGUGAAGUCACAGAUUAAACCUUCCACAGCCAGAACUCUCACCCAGGGGCUCAAAUAGUUUCACCCUGGCACUUUCACGAGCAAACGUCACAAAUAUGUUUCAGAUAUUUUUAAGUUAACAUUUUUUCUAAUGCUUUUUCUAAAUAGGAUUUAUAUUGUUUACUCCCAAUAGACCCUUUGUACUGUGUCUGCUGGACUGCACCAGGGGACAGUUUGAUUUGGGGGCAAGGGCAGUUUUAACCUAGCCAGAGCUUCCACUCUCUUUAUUUAUGGCCCAUGUUAAUUAAUGCCUCUCAAACCAUUUUACAGUAGCUGUCAGGAAAGCACAGCCAAUAGUUUAUACUGAGGUCAGCUCUUGUGUGCCAAGUCUGUCAGCCACCAACCGAGUUAAGACAAGUGGAAGGAAAAGCUUUCGCAGCUUAUUUGGAAAACUCCCCUCUUUGCUGCUUAUGCCACAUGGAAUCUGAGCCCAUAACACACAAACCAAGUUUUAAAACCAGUCCUCCAGGAUGAGUCUCACCUUGUUCCCAGUGAAAUCAAUGGCCUUUUACAUGGGCAAUCAAUUAUUAUUUCUCCCAACCCUGCCCUCUGGUAGGCUGGGUGCCUAUGGAAAGCAGAAGCAACACCUGCUCCUGGAGGAAGGAGACACCACCCAGUGUACAUCAUAGCAGCAAUUUCCUUGAGCACAUGUAGCUAGAAACUGUUUUUAUGAGUUUUAUAUAGUAACCACUAUGGAAUUUUUUUUCUAAAAAGCAAUGUAAUGAACUUCAAUAUUGUACAUCCCUGUUGACAAAAGGGACAGGUAAAGGGGAAAUAAUGUGUUCUAUUGAGGUUUUUUCUAAUAAAAGUUUUACACUAAUGAACACCA